GAUGAAAAAUGUUGUUUAAUUUAAAAAAUUCAAUCUUAUAUAUAUAUAUUUAAGAAUUUGAGGAUGUCAUUUAAUUUCUCUACUUGCGUAUGGCAUGCAGUGCUGUGUGCAAUGAAGGAGAAAGGGUAGCUGCAUUCUAUGAGAAGAACUAACAAUUUUAAAAUUUGCAGUUUCGCUUUGAAAAGUUCAUUGCUGUUUUUCACAAUCAGCAGGUUAUAUCAAUUUGGACUUUAAAAAUUGUAUUAGAAAUUCUUCCUAUAAAAAGUACUUCUUUUUCCCUGGUAUUUUUUUCUGGGAAUUGCCAUUCUACCUAUUUUAGGUUAUCUUUUUUUUUUUGAAUCAAUCUACAUUGUACCAGUGGAAAAGCAGUUUAGCAAAAAUACACUAUAUACAGUAUAAUUGCUUUACUGUAGUAUCACCUAAAACAAUAUAACCCAUGUGUACUAUGUAUUUAAGAUAUGGAGGACUGAAAUGCCUUCUGAAAUAGACUGUUUGUACUUGUGAGCAAUGGGUAUUUUUGUAUACAUAUGUGUGAUAAUAUUUGCUGCUCAUAUCUUUUGCAAUGUGUAUGUUUGAUGGGGUGUGGUGGACUGGGAAUUCAGUGGAAUAGAGGAGAGGGUUGAUUUCAGAAGUGCUAGUUAUUAUCCAAGUUUAGAGAAUAUUUUUUUUUAUUACAUCGUGUAGUUAUCAGAAACUAUAAAAACAGGGUAUUUAUGUCGUACCUCUCAGCAACUUUGAAAAACUGAGUGCUUUUGAAGUCCUAUAUAAGUUGAAGGCUCAAAUAAUGAAAGCUUGGCAGAGAGGGACUUGUCAAGAAUAACUUAAAAUGUACAAAGCUCAAACCAGUAAACUAAUCAACGAUAUUUAUGCGAACCAUAAUGAAAGCUAAAAUUUAAAUGACUUCUGAAUUACCUCUGAACAAGAAAUAAAUCAAGCUGAGCAGAUUUGCUUUCCUCUAAAUUGGACAGGAGCACACUUUCUAAUUCAAUGACCAGUUUACCCUUCUGCAUAUGUAUUUUUUUCCACAUACCUAGUAGGAAAAUCUCACCACAAUCCUAGCCAAAGAUCUGAUUCUUGAUGACUCAGAAUCUUAGAUUUUUCUGCAGCAUUCUCUUUCCCUCAGAAUGUUAAUGCAUUCUGGCACUUUUCAAAUCCAGGGGCAUAUUUUCAGCCCCGUUAAAAACAUAACAUAAAAUAAUUAUUUAAGUUCAGAAGGCAAAAUAUAAAGUUUGUCAUAUAAGGAGAUAGCGUGAGUGUCGGCGGGAAUCAAGGUAACAUGAGGAAAGUAGAGGACCAACUAACACGUAUCAUUUAUAAGCAAUACUCCAAUGAUAGUCUGGCCUUCUCUCCUGGUAUCUCCACUGUAAGCAAAGAUGUAGAAGAAAAAUGAAUUCUUUGGAUUAUAGAUCCGUGGCAUUGACCUUAUGAUGUUUCUCAAUUCAACAUUUUAUGAGCUUUGCAGACAUCCUAUGCCUCAUUCCACCUUUAAAUGAAAUACAAUAAAAGGAGAAAGAAAUUAGGAACGAAUUUUUUUAAAGCAUAUUGGGAAUACUGUGUUAUACAUCAGAGGUCCAUUGAAAUCUGAAGUUCAGAUUAAAAUUUGUAUUGCUCUUGCUUUUCCUUUCUGCUAAUAUCUUUAUGUCCCUUCUAAAAUGAUGCACUUUCAUUAAUGCACCCCAACAACAAGCAACCUCUUUGAGACUUAGAGUGAUGACGGAUUUUGAAAGUAGAGGCAGACCUCAGAAGGGUCCCAGGAUUCUUGAGCUGUGCCCAGCUGACAAGCUUUUGAAGAUGGCACAAUAACUGUUCAGUGAUGCCUGACCAUGACAGCACAGCCCUCUUAAGUAGGCAGACCAAGAGAAGAAGAGUUGACAUUGGAGUGAAACGGACGGUAGGGACAGCAUCUGCCUUUUUUGCAAAGGCGAGAGCAUCGUUUUUUAGUGCCAUGAAUCCCCAAGGUUCCGAGCAGGAUGUGGAGUAUUCAGUGGUGCAGCAUGCAGAUGGGGAGAAGUCAAAUGUGCUUCGCAAGCUGCUGAAGAGGGCAAACUCCUAUGAAGAUGCCAUGAUGCCUUUUCCAGGAGCAACUAUAAUUUCCCAGCUGUUGAAAAAUAACAUGAACAAAAAUGGUGGCAACGAGCCCAGCUUUCAAGCGAGUGGCCUCUCCAGCACAGGCUCAGAAGUACAUCAGGAGGAUGUGUGCAGCAACUCUUCAAGAGACAGCCCCCAAGAGUGUCUUUCUCCAUUUGGCAGACCCACGAUGAGCCAGUUUGAUAUGGAUCGGUUAUGCGAUGAGCACCUGAGAGCUAAGCGUGCCCGGGUUGAGAAUAUCAUUCGAGGGAUGAGCCAUUCCCCAAGUGUGGCAUUAAGGGGCAAUGAAAAUGAAAGAGAGAUGGCUCCACAGUCUGUGAGUCCCCGAGAAAGUUACAGAGAAAAUAAGCGCAAGCAAAAGCUGCCUCAACAGCAGCAACAGAGUUUCCAGCAGCUGGUUUCAGCUAGGAAAGAACAGAAGCGAGAGGAGCGCAGACAGCUGAAACAGCAGCUGGAGGACAUGCAAAAACAGCUGCGCCAGCUUCAGGAAAAGUUCUACCAAAUCUAUGACAGCACAGAUUCUGAAAAUGACGAAGAUGCUGGUAACCUCUCCGAAGACAGCCUGCAUUCGGAAACACUGGAUGUCAGGGCGAGAGAUUCUGUGGGGAGGUCAGAUAAUGAAAUGUGUGAAUUGGACCCGGGGCAAUUUAUUGAUCGUGCAAGAGCUCUGAUUAGAGAACAGGAGAUAGCGGAGAACAAACCCAGAAAAGAUGGCCCCAAAGAAAAAGAUCAUGGGCCCAACUCUUUUCAUCCAGAAGGCAAGCACUUAGCUGAGACGCUAAAGCAGGAAUUGAACACUGCCAUGUCUCAGGUUGUGGACACUGUGGUCAAGAUUUUCUCUUCAAAGCCUGUACGUCAACUUCCUCAGGUCUUCCCACCUCUUCAGAUCCCCCAAGCAAGAUUUGCUGUCAAUGGGGAGAACCACAAUUUCCACACAGCAAACCAGCGCCUCCAGUGCUUUGGGGACAUCAUCAUUCCAAACCCACUAGAUACCUUUGGGAAUGUGCCACUGUCUAAUUCCACAGACCAAACAGAAGCACUACCCCUAGUUGUCCGCAAAAAUUCAUCAGACCAGCCUGCCUCUGCCCCACCUCCUGGCAGCCAUCAUGCUGCUCUCCAUCAAUCUCCACUGUCUGCCACCACGGGGUUCACUUCAUCUUCGUUUCGUCAUCCCUUUCCUCUGCCCCUUAUGGCGUACCCAUUUCAGAACCCCUUAGCCGCUCCUUCUGCCUCCUUCCCUGGGAAAGACAGAGCCUCCCCAGAAUCCUUAGAUUUAACAAGAGAGACCACAAGUCUGAGGACCAAGAUGUCAUCACAUCAUAUGAACCAUCACCCUUGUUCACCAGCACAUCCUCCUAGCACUGCAGAAAGCCUUUCAAUAUCUCUCAUCAAGUCUGAGUGUGGUGACCUUCAAGAUAUUUCCGAAAUCUCACCUUAUUCUGGGAGUGCCAUGCAGGAAGGUUUGUCACCAAACCACUUAAAAAAGGCCAAGCUUAUGUUCUUUUAUACUCGGUACCCAAGUUCCAAUAUGCUGAAAACCUACUUCUCAGAUGUAAAGCAUCAUUCAUCCAGAAGAAGCCCAAAGUGCUUUACAAACAGCCAAUAUAGGGAUCAUUCACCCACCACAGAAAGGCAACCGCUUCCGUGGUGGAAGGCAACAGCCAUUCGGGGUCAGCAACAUCACACACCAGUAGAUUUCAACAGAUGUAUUACUUCUCAGCUCAUCAAGUGGUUUAGCAAUUUCCGUGAGUUCUACUACAUUCAGAUGGAGAAGUAUGCACGUCAAGCCAUCAAUGAUGGUGUAACAAGCACUGAAGAGCUGUCUAUAACCAGAGACUGUGAGCUGUACAGAGCCCUCAACAUGCACUACAAUAAAGCAAAUGACUUUGAGCAGGUUCCAGAGAGAUUCCUGGAAGUGGCUCAGAUCACAUUACGAGAGUUUUUCAAUGCCAUUAUCGCAGGCAAAGAUGUUGAUCCUUCCUGGAAGAAGGCCAUAUACAAGGUCAUCUGUAAGCUGGACAGUGAAGUUCCUGAGAUUUUCAAAUCCCCAAACUGCCUCCAAGAGCUUCUUCAUGAGUAGAGAUUUUCAACCGCUAUUUAUGAAUGUAUUAAAAAAGUAGCAGACUCUCCCUUUUUUAUGCCCAAGCUAUGUGCGAAUGUGUGUGUAUGUGUUUCAUAUAUGAAAUCAGAUCAGAAUCCCUUGUGAUUUAUUAUAAGUUUAGGUCAGUAAUAAGUGUAUAAUUAUUUUAACUCCAGCUUUUGUUUUACUUUGCCUGUGACUUUUAACAUUUUGGGAAAAAACAGUAUUGGGGCAUUUUCUUCCCCUUCUGGUCCCUUUUCUUAUCCCUUGAGAAGAAGGAUGAUUUGAAGUGUGUACAAGUCUAAUCUAUCUAUCUAUCAUCUAUCUAUCUAUCUAUCUAUCUAUCUAUCUAUCUAUCUAUCUAUCUAUCUAUCUAUCUAUCUAUCACCUAUCUACCAAUCCAUGCAUCCAUUUAUCUAUCUAUCUAUCUAUCUAUCUAUCUAUCUAUCUAUCUAUCUAUCUAUCUAUCUAUCUAUCUAUCUAUCUAUCUAUCUAUCUAUCAUCUAUAUUACUAUAUAUUACCAUUACCUGGUUGAUUUUUCCCCAGAUGUUAUGGUAAAAUCCUACAGAAGGUGAUGGCCCUUUGUUUGUAUUAAAAGCUCUUAACCCUAUGGGGGAUUUCCACAGCUAAGGUUUCUAAAUUUUUAGUUCAACUGCUUAAUGAAGGAAGUGCACUUUGUGUGUAACACUGUACAAGAUAUAUAAAUCCUCUUUUCCUUUCUCAACUGUGAGCAAAAGUCAUCAUCUCUUCUAAGCUUUAUGACUUUCCUUUUAUGAGAACAAUGUAUGACCAUAUUUUGGCAUCUUUUAUUCUACUAUAAGCAUGUGUUCAAGCUUCUUGAGCCCUACUGUCAUGUUUUGGGGAGCGUCAUCUACCUAAAAUUUCUAUUGUUAGGAAGUUUGGGAAAACAAAAGUAGUGGCAAGUUCUCUCAGAAUGUACCACAGAGAUGGAAGUAUGCUCUGUUCUGUUCUAUGUUGGGCUCACCACAUGUUAGAGGGACUGGAUACAAAAUAAAAGUAGCCUGGAGAUGGAACUGGAUGAACCCAAAAUUCCAGAGUUGAAAUGCCCUCAUUUUUUGAUGUUUGCCUCAGCUAUAUUUAUCUAGCUAUGUUUCCCUUUCUCCUUUCAAGCAAGGAAAUACCGUGCAAAGCAAAUGAUGGCAAGAUAAUUUGUAGUUUGGCUAAUACAAUUCUGUAAUAUGGUCAGCUCCUUAACACAAUAGCAUUUCACUCUUCAUAGAGUAAAAAAGAAAGGUUGCUGCUGUAUGGUCUUUGUUCAUAUUGGAGCAUUUUAAAUUAUUUUAUUGGUCAUGGGGAAAUAUUUCCUAUUGAAAUCCAUGGAAUCCAAAAGGAGCAGUCCCAUGCACAUGCAUUUUUGGGGACUAAGUCCAGAAGUUAUUUCUAACCAUAUGUUUAUAUGACUAUGAUGAUUGAUGAAUGUUUUAUUUUGACUGAAUUGUACCCUUUUACUUCAUCACAUUGAAUAGUUGGGUCUGGGCCAUCUUCUAAAUAGCAUUUGAUACAAAUGUAUUCUUCCCCUUCUUCUCUGAAAUCUUUACAUGAUGUAUAUAUUUGAUAUUUCAUAUUUUUACCUGAAACAUGUUUUAACUACUUUUUCAUCUGAAAAGCAUUGUAAGGUAUGUUUGCUUUAUUCUCAAAUUACUAUGGCAAAAAUGACAUCAUCUCAAGAGUGCAAGAAUACUUUCAAUAUAUUAGAAAUGGAAUAGAAACAUUUUUAUAGAAAUAUUGUUUAAACUAGGCACAAUAUAUACUGAAAGCACAACUCUGGAGAAGAAAACAGUGCAUACAGUUAAGUGUUUAACUGUGCUAACUAACUUUCUAAGUUUUGAGCACGCUUCAUGAGAACUGGAUUGCACCUAAACAUCGUGCAGAAUUUGUAUUUCUGUCCCAUUGGCUAGGAAAAUAAACCCUAGUCACUAUUCAUUCCUCAGAUUUACAUAACUCAUAACCAAUGAAUAGAAGUAAUUAAAUACUUUCUGUUCUACAGCAAAAGUUUGUGCCAAACAAAACACAAGAGCAGUGCAUAAUGUAUUAAAAAUGGAGCUCUUCAGAGUUGUCCUGAUAUUUUCAAGAUAAUAUUUUGCAACUAAGAGUCACUGAGUCCUACUUCCGGCAUCUUUCAAUAAAGCUAAACACAACAUGCCAAAUGCAGAGCUGCUAUUGAAAAUUGCUAAUAUUUUCAUACUUUCUAUGAUAUUAAUCUAAUUGCAUACUGAGACCAUGAUUGCAUACUGAGAUCCCCACCAGCAGUGGAUGACACAAGGGCGGACAAGCCCGAAAUGUCCUAAUAUCCAAACACAACAAGUUCUUUGCUGUUGAUGGGAGGAGCUUAUUUUAAGGCUGCCAUUUUCAGCAAGGACAGAAUAUGUUUACUUCUUCUUGGAUAUGAUUGUUGGUAUUUACUGGACAAGAAUGCUGAUUGAAGUCCAGAAUGGAAUUUCAUCUCAAAAUGACAAAAACAAUGUUGAUUUUUCAAUGAAAAGCAGGAAUAAGCGUGGUAUGGAUCGAGGUCAGUGGUCUCCAACCUUGGUCCCUUUAAAACUUGUGAACUUCAACUCCCAGAGUUCCUCAGCCAGCUUUACUGACUGAGGGACUCUGGGAGUUGAAGUCCACAAGUCUUAAAGGGACCAAGGUUGGAGACCCCUGAUCUAUCUGAAACUAAUUGCAACAAUUUGUCUAAUUCAAAAAACAAGAAAAUGUUCCCUGAAUGUUUUUAUGUUUUCUUCAGAGGUCUCUUUUUUUUCUCCACACUUUUGGAAAGUGUCGUGUCUAGUAGAAUUACCUAUAUGUUAUGGCACUAUAUGUUUGUUGUUUUCUGUGUCUUUUGUACAGAUGCAGUAAGAAUUUAUUGUUAUCUGGACUGAUAUUUAUCAUUACCUCUUGUCUCCCCCAGGAAAUUGAAUCAGAUUCAGCCCUAACUGACCAUGGUGGCAGUUUUACAGUUUAGCAGAUAGCUUUCUUUAGGAUCCUCCUUUUUUUCCUCCCUUUCUUGAAAUUGCUUUUUAAAGAAAAACAAAACAUAAAUUGUAUUUUGACUUUGGAGAGUGAAAGUUUACCCCAUAUACAUUACGAUAAUAAAAAAGCUGACCUAGUCAUUGCAAUGAUGCCUCAUUUAUAAAUAUUGCUUGAGAGACAAAAAUGAUGAAAAGAGUUGACAGUAAAAAGCCUUAAAACCUGCUGAUUAUUUUUUUUUAAAAAUGAGGACACAGGCCUUUGUUUAGUGACAGAAACACACAGGGUUUCUCAAUAUGCAGAAUAGCAGUUUUCUUGGUGCAAAAGCUUUGCUGAAGCCAGCCAGAUACACUAAAGCACACAUUAUGUUAAAGAAAAAGUCUAGUGGGUCUUUUCAUAUGUAAUACUUCUAGCUAAAAAACAAAACAUAGUUUAUUGAUCCAGGAAUAGGUUCCCGUAUUUGCUUUUAUUCUUGAGCGUUAUUUUUGAUAUUUUUAUUCUGGUGUGCUCCCCAAUAUAUCUGACAUAAGGAACUGGUUUAAAAUCAGUUAUUAAGUAGGAUCUGAAAUAAUUAUUGGAACAUAGUUUAAGAUCCUAAAUGUUAGUCAACUAACAUUAAUAAAAACAUUCCUUGUCCCUGAUAUAUACAAGGAAUUUCAUAGUUCAAAUCAAAUCAAACUAAAUUACCAGCAGUAGUUUACAAAGAGAAAAGAUUAUGGGAAAACUUAUCUACUCUUCUGGGAGUUGCUAUUUCAACCCAUCUGGAGCCAAUCCAACUUUUUAAAAAAUGGGGUGAUUGUUAUGAUUACGUCCUUUUAUUGUCUCAUUUUGAAAGAAGUAGUUUAAAGCUUGCUUCUGCUAAAGAUUUAUGGAAAGGUACAGGAGGCUUGAAAGAGAGACAUUGUCCUCACAUUAAUACAGAAAGCUCUUCAUCUUUCUCCAUAUUCAAAACAUCAUGAAAUCCUCUAGCAGUUUACUUUAUUAUUCUCCUACUGUAUUAUCCCCUUGCCAUGACCAAACAUACCCAACUAAAGCCAUACUUAAUUUCUUAGACAUCAUUUUGAAGACUAUACUUUGUUAGUAACGUUAGUGCCGUAAACUUUAGCGCCAUUUGUCUUGAAAUGAAAUGUGAUUCAUUGAACUCAAUGAACUUUUAAAACUUAUGCCAUUUAUUUAUUUGAAACAUAGCUUCUGGAAAAAGGAGAGCAAGUGAGGCUUCAAAACGCCUUUAGGGGUGGAGAGAGAACCAAGCAAACCUUGAUUUGCUUUUUUAAAAAGACCUUACCUGAUUAUUCCCUAGUUAUUUAAUUGUAAUUUCAUUGUGUUAGUUGUGUUGCAUUUGUGCCUCCCAAAGCACACCAGAUUGAGUGUGAAAUAUCAAUUUUUGUUCUAUUUUAAGAAUAUUUUUUUUCAUCCUCCCAAUGAUUUUUUUUUGUUAGAAUUUCAUUUUUAAAGAAUAAAAUGAUCACCUCCUGCCAUAGAUUUUGUGGCCAUGCUGAGACACUAGAGCAGCACAAGUUGCUGGAGUUGUCGUAUUAUGUCUCCUGUCCAUUUAAAAAGAAGAAGAAAAGGAGAAAACAAGAGGAUAGCUUUAUUGAUUUGGAAUUUGGAAGCAUUCAGAUCAACAAUUCUAUGAAGCAAAGCCCUGUAAUCCAAUUUCUCUAAGUAUACCUCCUAAGAAUUCAUGAGAGAGAAUUGUGGUCACCUCAUUUCCAUGAAUCUGAUAUGGAUUUUUUUUUUUUUUUGCAUGAGUACUCUAAUUUUUAAUAAUGCUGCUCCUGAUUACUGUUGAUUUUUUAAGCCAGGCUUUCCUUUAUCAGCUUCUAAUAUCUAAAACUGAGCCAUGUUCAGCAAUAGUAAUUAUUCAAAUUGUCCAUAGAAUAUACUAAAAAAUAAAAGAUGGCAGCCAUAGCAGUAUAGUCAAAGCUCUGCUUGUUUAUGUACAAUGUAACACGCAGAAAAAAAAUGAGUGGAGCUUUGACCACACCAUUAAGACUACUAUUUUGCCUUUCUUGUCCAUUCCUGUGGACAGGACUGGGUUAGAAAAGACAGAAGGUACUUUUAAUAUAGGAAAAAGAAAUUGACAUAGAGAAAUUGAUUUAAAACACUUUUUUUUUAAAGACCUGGAAAUUCUGUAUUGACAUUCAUUGUUCUCUCUUUCCCUGUUUUCCCUACUACAGAAACUGGAGCUUAUAGUGUGUGCCUAGACCUUAAAUGCACCAGCGGAAGGAUUAGAUAAAACAAAUCCUUCAAAUUACCAGUUAUUCUCCCUUAACCAGUACAAUUAUUCUUGUGCCUUCUGUGGCUUACAAUUUUCAUAUGUUUGGCCCUUCCUUCCUUCACACAACUCCCCAGAUGCAAUAAACACUGGUUUUCUCUCCACCUUUUUCCCCCCAGCUGUUUAACACAAUGUUGAUAGCUAUGCACAUUUUGUGUCUUUUUAAAGAAAAUUAAAAACAAAAGCAGGAGAAUAAGUUUUUGAAGAAGAUAAUUUUUAGAACAGUUUGAUACCGCAAAUUAUUUUUUCUCAAUCGUUUGAGCCGCAUUCAAUUUUGAAAAUUUCUUGUAGAAGCCAAUUUUUUGUAACAGUGGUGCAGAUCUUGUGUUUUCUUAGCCUAACAAACAGUAGUAUAGGAGCAAUAUUUCAUACGUAUUAUAUAUAUGUGUAUAAAUAUACAUACAUAUAUAACAAUAUAUACACCUGCUAAUAUAUAUAUAAAGAUAUAUAUAUGUAUAUAUACCUAUACACACACAAUAAGCGUGUGAAGUGAAAUGCUUACAUUUUUCCAGUGUAGAUUAAGAACCUAUUUUAGACAUUUGUUAUGCUUUGUGAGAAGAAUGUUCUAUUUGAAGCUAUAAAACACUUAAUUCUUACUGUAUCUCUGGUUGUGUAAUGGGAACGCUUCACAUUAAAUGAUUUUUAAAAAGUGAAAGAUAUUAGGAUGUAAUAAUUAUUUAAGGAAGUGUUCACCCAUAUAUUCUUGAGGUUUGCUUUGUGCCUCUGAGUAUUAUUUAAUUUUAAAGUGUUUUAAGUUUGCAGAAUCAUUGUUACUGUACUGAGUAUGUGGGUGAACAACGAUAGCCAAGGGGAAUUUUUAUAAAGCAAUGUAUAUAUUCAGCUUGAGGGCUCUUCUUGAACAAAAGGCAUAUGAUUUUAAUAACUACAUUCUGAGAACAUCUGUUAAAUUUAUAGGAAUCACUGCAGUAACUGCAUAGAUAGUUGAAAGCAUUCUUUAAAACCCAGCUCAAUACUUUUUAAAGAUAGAUUUCUCUCAUCAUGUAUCCAGGAGAAGAGUGAUCCACUUUCCGUAACGUUACAAAAAAAAAUUUCUAUGUGCACAAUGUAAUUUAUUGGCAAUGGAUUCUUUCCUCCACAGGUUACUAUUAAGUGAAAGGUAAAAGUGAAGAUUUUGUGGCUUUAAAUAUAGGACUUUCACCAGCAGAACUGAAAGAUAUAAAUAUAUAUAUAUAUAAAAUAUAUAUAAAUAAAUAAUUAUAUAUAUAUAUAUAAAAGUGGUUUGCAAAUCCCCUCAAAGGAGCAUUGUACAUGAGAAGUAAUUUUUUUUAAUCCUCUUCUAUUUGUCAUGUGUAUUAUAUAGUAAUUAUUGGUGUUUUAGUGCAAAGACUUCUUUUGGAUAUGUAUUCUGUGUUUGGAAAUUUUAAUAAACAUUGUUUUUAAAAAGCUCCCCUUAAUGAAUGUAACUGGUUUAUAUUAGUAAACAGUUACUAUAUUGCACUUAAAUGUUCUGUUGAAGGAAAUACAGUUUUGUUGGUUAUAAACCAUUGAAAAUAUUAAGAGUUUGACCUGGGAUAUAAACUGUCAUUUAACCUUUGAAUCUUCUUAGGGCUAACUCUGUUUCAAACUAUGAAAAGUGCAAAAUCUUCAGCCUUUUUCUCUAUUCAGACAGUAAAAAUGUCCAAGAAAUACAUGGCAAAAUGUAGAUAAGAUGGCAAGUUUAAAUUUUGCUCCCAGUCUUUCUACUCUAGACUUUGUUAAGGCUUUGUUAUAAUACUGUAGAAUUUAUUAAAAAAUGUAAACACACAUAUACAUUUUUAUCAGGAAGAUAUUCAUAUUAAUCUGAACUCAAGAAUCAGAGAAAUACUGUACCUUUAUAAACUGGAAGAAUCAAAGGUUAAGGCAUAAAUAUUGCUGUUGUCCCAGCUACUUCUCAUAUGUAUAUAGUUACAAAAGUUACAAAACACUGCCUUUAUAUUAUUUAGCAAUAUGUUGUAAAUAGCAUUAUCAAAGUUCUUUUGUAAUAAAAACCCUUUAAUUUGAAGUUAGUACAAUAACUGAAUUAAUGAAUUCAAUUUUUGGAUUAUUUUUAAUUUUAUUAUUUAGAUAGAGGCAAUUUCAACUGUUGGGGGGGGUUUGUUGUUGUCUAUUGUUCUGAAGACUUCGCAUAAUUUAUUGGUUUAAUUUAUCCUAAUUUAUUUGAUGGUGUACAAUUUUGUAUUGCCAAGGAUGUACUGUAAUAUUAAUUGAUGAUGUGAUAAAACAUGAAGACUCCCCUGUCUGUAUGGAGGAAAAAAAGGUGCAGUAGACAAUUGACUGAAAAACUUACAAUUCUAGCUUGGCAGCUACUAAAUUGAAAAGAAAUCAGGAAAAAUGUUUUUUUUGGGGGGGGAGGAGUUGGGGGAAACUCUUUUUUUGUGUGUGUUUUAAGCUUUUGUAUACUCUCCAGAUCUUUACCUUUUUGCUUUGUACCACUUAAAGGAUACAGUAGUUCAAUUGCCUUGUGUGCCUUCCAUCUUCUCUAAAUUGAAUGUAUGUGCAGUAUAUAUGCAAGCUUGUGCAAAA